AUGUCUGGCAGAGGCAAAGGCGGGAAAGGGCUCGGCAAAGGAGGCGCUAAGCGUCACCGUAAAGUGCUGCGUGAUAAUAUCCAGGGUAUCACCAAGCCGGCCAUCCGCCGCCUAGCUCGGCGCGGCGGCGUCAAGCGUAUUUCUGGCCUCAUCUACGAAGAGACGCGCGGUGUGCUGAAAGUCUUCCUGGAGAACGUGAUCCGUGACGCUGUCACCUACACUGAGCACGCCAAGAGAAAGACCGUGACAGCCAUGGAUGUGGUCUAUGCGCUCAAGCGCCAGGGACGCACUCUAUGCCUUUCUGUGCAGAGUACCCUAAGUGAUCCUGCUUAG